AUGUCUAAGCCCCUGGAGGCCGAGAAGCAAGGUCUGGACUCCCCGUCAGAGCACACAGACACUGAAAGAAAUGGACCAGACACUAACCAUCAGAACCCCCAGAGUAAGACCUCCCCGUUCUCUGUAUCCCCGACUGGCCCCAGCACCAAGGUGGGCAUUCUCUCUGGCCUCCACUUAACAUUCUGGGGUCCCGGACCCUGCCUCUCUCCCCCCCAGAUCAAGGCUGAAGACCCCAGUGGUGACUCGGCCCCAGCAGCACCCCCACCCCCCCAGCCAGCUCAGCCUCAUCUGCCCCAAGCCCAACUCAUGUUGACGGGCAGCCAGCUAGCUGGGCUUACAGCACUGAUGCCAGCUCAGCAGCAGCUCCUCCUGCAGCAAGCUCAGGCCCAGCUCCUGGCCGCCGCCGUUCAGCAGUCCAGUGCCGCCGCUGCUGCUAAUGCUGCUGCUGCCGCUGCUGCCUCCUCCUCCACCUCCUCCUCCUCCUCCUCCUCUGCCUCGUCCUCGACCUCGCAGCCCCCAGCCUCUUCUGGGGGAGGUGACCUGCCACCACCACAGCCUGCCAGUCAACCCCCUGGGACCCCACAGCUCACCUUGUCCCAACCCAUCCAGCUCACAGCACAGGACAUACAGCAGCUCCUCCAGCUCCAGCAGCUGGUGCUUGUGCCAGGCCACCACCUCCAGCCACCUGCUCAGUUCCUGCUGCCGCAGGCCCAGCAGAGUCAGUCAGGCUUGCUACCAACGCCAAAUCUAUUCCAGCUACCUCAGCAAACCCAGGGAGCUCUUCUGACCUCCCAGCCCCGGGCCGGGCUUCCCACACAGCCCCCCAAAUGCUUGGAGCCACCGUCCCAUCCCGAGGAGCCCAGUGAUCUGGAGGAGCUGGAGCAGUUCGCCCGCACCUUCAAGCAACGCCGCAUCAAGCUGGGCUUCACGCAGGGAGAUGUGGGUCUGGCCAUGGGCAAGCUCUACGGCAACGACUUCAGCCAGACGACCAUUUCCCGCUUUGAGGCCCUCAACCUGAGCUUCAAGAACAUGUGCAAACUCAAGCCCCUCCUGGAGAAGUGGCUCAACGACGCAGAGACUAUGUCCGUGGACUCAAGCCUGCCCAGCCCCAACCAGCUGAGCAGCCCCAGCCUGGGUUUCGACGGGCUGCCCGGCCGGAGACGCAAGAAGAGGACCAGCAUCGAGACAAAUGUCCGCUUCGCCUUAGAGAAGAGUUUUCUAGCGAACCAGAAGCCUACCUCAGAGGAGAUCCUGCUGAUCGCAGAGCAGCUGCACAUGGAGAAGGAAGUGAUCCGCGUCUGGUUCUGCAACCGGCGCCAGAAGGAGAAACGCAUCAACCCCUGCAGCGCCGCCCCCAUGCUGCCCAGCCCUGGGAAGCCUGCCAGCUACAGCCCCCAUCUGGUCACACCCCAAGGGGGCGCGGGGACCUUACCAUUGUCCCAAGCUUCCAGCAGUCUGAGCACAACAGUUACUACCUUAUCCUCAGCUGUGGGGACGCUCCACCCCAGCCGAACAGCCGGAGGGGGUGGGGGCGGGGGCGGGGCUGUGCCCCCCCUCAAUUCCAUCCCCUCUGUCACUCCCCCACCCCCGGCCACCACCAACAGCACAAAUCCCAGCCCUCAAGGCAGCCACUCGGCUAUCGGCUUGUCGGGCCUGAACCCCAGCACGGGAAGCACAAUGGUGGGGUUGAGCUCCGGGCUGAGUCCAGCCCUUAUGAGCAACAACCCUUUGGCCACUAUCCAAGCCCUGGCCUCUGGUGGAACCCUGCCCCUUACCAGCCUUGAUGGCAGCGGGAACCUGGUGCUGGGGGCAGCCGGCGCGGCCCCAGGGAGCCCUGGCCUGGUGACCUCACCACUCUUCUUGAACCACGCUGGGCUGCCCCUGCUCAGUGCCCCGCCUGGCGUGGGCCUGGUCUCGGCAGCAGCUGCGGCUGUGGCAGCCUCCAUCUCCAGCAAGUCACCUGGCCUCUCUUCCUCCUCCUCUUCAUCCUCGUCCUCCUCCUCCACUUGCAGUGAGGCAGCAGCACAGACCCCUGGAGGCCCAGGGCCUGAGGCAGGGUCCAAGCCUGAGUGA